AUGAGUGGAUCUGGUGAAAACAAGUGGCGUGGGCCCGGUCGCCAGUCGUCGCAACGUCACUCUGGCAAUGCAAACCGCGAUCGCACUGGUGGACAAGGGGGCGCGCAAGGUGGAAACAAUACUUGGGGGAACACUAGCUCAUCUCAGGAACAACAUGUUUCUGUCCGAGGCUUCAACACUGCUGAAGCUAAGAGCAUCCUGAAGAGAGGACCUAAUGAAACAAAGCCAAUCUUCUACAAACCAACUGGAAAAGAUGCGAGCAGCCAACGAUCGGGCGGUCCUUGGGGCGCGAAAUCCAACACGAUGGCAAACGGCAAGGAUUUCUUCGUCGAGCUCCGCAAGCAAGUCGCGGCCCUGCAGAAAGGCGGCCCUGUUGUCGGAGGCUGA